CUUCACGUCACGGCUACCUCAUGGCCGUCGACGUUGGCCGCCGCGUUGAUUCCGCGACAGUGUGAUGCACGCCGCGUUCACGGUGCCUCUUCUUGUUCCACGCCGCCACCGCCACCGCCGAAUCAUCGCUACCUCUGCCGCCUCCAACGCCACCCGCCUCUUUCUGCUGCUCAAUCUCGCCGCUGUAGCGGCUGCCGCCAGCGCGCACACCACCUGGUCCUCGUCAAGUGGUAGUACUCAGCAGCACCUGGUGAUGGACCCAAAUCAAAUGUGCAAGCGGGCGCGAUGGUCCCGCGGCAAGAUGGCCGACAUCUGUCAGAACAAGCCGGCGCUUUUGAACCAAAUCGCCAGGGGCGUCGCCUUGGGGCAGACGGAGUGCCAGUGGCAGUUCAGGCACCGACGGUGGAAUUGCACAUCGGCUAAGAGAAGUAUUAAGAAGGUCAUGCUAAGAGACACAAGGGAGACUGGAUUCGUAAAUGCCAUAUUAGCUGCUGGAAUAACGUUCCAGGUAACCAGAGCAUGUACCAGAGGGGAGCAAAUAGGAUGCUCGUGUGCAAAGAAGAAAAAACGAAAAUCAAAGAAGAAAGACCCUCCUUUGCCUGAAGGCGACUGGCAAUGGGACGGAUGCGGUGAGAAUGUGGAGUUUGGAAUCAAAAGAAGCAAGGACUUCUUAGAUACUAGGUAUAAGAAGAGGAGUGAUAUGAAGACAUUAGUGAAACUACACAAUUAUGGAGCAGGAAGACUGGCAAUAAAAAACAACAUGCGCACCGUCUGCAAAUGCCAUGGUCUCUCAGGCUCCUGCACCCUAAAGACCUGCACCAGAAAAAUGCCUUCGUUUCGGGAGAUUGGCAACAAAUUGAAAGAACGCUUUGACGGUGCUGCAAAGGUCAUUGCAGGCAAUGAUGGUCAAAGCUUCAUCCCUGAAGGUGAAACUAUCAAAUCACCAGGCAAAGUGGACUUAGUCUACUCCGAGGAAUCUCCAUCUUUCUGCCUUCCGAACCCCGCGCUUGGAUCGUUCGGAACCCAAGGAAGGGUGUGUAAUGACACUUCGCAGGGGGAGGAGGGGUGUGGGAUAUUGUGCUGUGGAAGGGGAUACGAUGUUCGAUAUGAAAUGGUGCGGACAAACUGCAACUGCACCUUCCACUAUUGCUGUGAGGUGAAGUGUGAGACUUGCAUUGUGCCUACUAGGAUCAGUACGUGUUUGUGAUUGGUCGCAUAUCAUUUACUAGUGACAGAGAUGCAGUGGCAAAUCCAAAAGUUAUCCUUUUGGGGAAAAAAACUUGUCUAUAUAGUUUGGAGAUAUUGAAUUUUCGCUUUUGGUAAGGAAUACUUUUUCAGUUCACUCCUCUGGAUCUGCCACUGUCAGAAUGUCAAGCCAAACGUAAAUUGUAGAGAAAGAAAUGGGUGAUACCGUAAUAUACAUAUACGGAUGAAAGAUUUUAUAACGUCUUUGGUGCCUUGUUUAGUGAAAUUAAGGUGCAUUUGAAGGAAAAUAUAUUUUAUUUCUGUAUUUUUUAAUUUUUCUAAAUUUCAAUAAUUUUGGACAUGGUUUUGGUAAAUCAGUUACAAGGUUGUUAACCUAAAGAUAGCAAUUAAUAGUGGUUUUGAUGGUGUCUUGUAGGUUUCCGACAUUCUAAAAAAUUUUCAUAUAAAACAAAAAAAAGCAGCAGGAUUCUUAUAGAUUUGUGUUCGAAUUAACCCUGCAUGAGUUGAUACUGAGUUGUUAUGGGUAAGAAUAAGCUUGUGAAGUGUGUGAAGAGCAUGAAUAAAAGAUAUGCGUAGACACUUUGGAAAACAAGACUGUUGUUCUACAUCGAUACAAAAUUCUGCCAAUUGUAGAAACUUUUAUAGAAUGACACAACAGAGACUUGUUUUGGAAUGUGCCAUAUUUUGUUCAAAUGAAUGAAUGAAAUGAAGAAAGAGAUGGAAGAGAAGGUAAUUAAUUCAUUUUGUUUUGCUUUGUAGAACUGUUUGAAAUAUCUGGCUACUAUUUAGCAUUAGUUAGCCACUAAUACGUCAGUAUUGUAAUUUUGUCGACUAACUGUAAGAUUCCAAUUUUUGAGAUAGGUUAUCCAAUAAAUUGUUUACUCAGCAAA